AUGAGUGGUGAACAGAAUUCAUUCCAAGCACCCAAACCAAGUGAGGUCAUUGAGCUCCUUAAAGUUUGCGGAAAGCUCAAGAGAACUGCAAGGACAGGAUGGGUCCGAAAAGGUGUUCAGAAUUAUGAGAGUGUAGCUGAGCACUCGUGGCGCAUCACCUUGCUGCCGAUGUUUCUUUCCAAUAGGAAUGAUGUCGACCAUGUGCGAUGCAUGAAAAUCGGGCUGGUUCAUGAUCUUGCAGAAGCACUGGUCGGCGAUAUCACUCCACAUUGUGGUGUUUCAGAUCAGGAAAAGUUCAAGUUAGAAUCUGAAGCCAUGUCCAAGAUCAAAUCUCUUGUUCCUGGUAGUCGGAUCGGAGAGGAAAUCGUAGAAUUGUGGAAUGAGUAUGAAGCUGGCGAAACCAAGGAAGCUAAGGUGGUGAAGGAUUUCGACAAGUUUGAAAUGAUCUUGCAAGCUGAAGAGUAUGAGGCAGAGCAAGGCGUGGACUUGUCUGAGUUCUUUGAGAGCACAAAAGGAAAGAUCAGGCAUGGUGAAAUCAAGACCUGGGAAGAAGAACUGAGGAAAUCCAGAGACAUUCGACGGGGCGAGACUGAGAAGUGA